CGCAGCAACAUGUGUCGCGCGCCUUUAACUGUGUUGUGGUGGGGCAAACAAAAGUUAGUAGUUUCUGCUCAUCUCCUUUUCGGAAUAUUUGGCGAGUGAGAGGAUUGACUAUUGUAACGCUGGGUUAAAACCAGACAGCUUUGACCUUGUAGUGGAUGGUCGAUAAUUGUGCUGGUGUCUCUGAAUGUGCGCCUCACUUUUAUCAGCUGAAGCUGACUACAAAUUAUUGGUGGGCAACCCGUGGGGUUUAAAGUUCAGCUAACACUAGUGUCACUGGCUGCUAGCAGGUAGUUAGCUCCUUACCUCAACCGAUUAGUUUGGUCACAAUGGCAGCUGUGUGCCCGCCACGACGUGCCUUGGUGGAAAUACCCGCUCCUCAGCCCAAAAUCGCAGCUCGAAUGAGGAGGUCUUACCUAGAAAUUCUAAGUGCCCGUUUGGCUCCAUCUCCACUUCUAAGGGAGAGAAGCACAGCUGCAAACACGAAGCGUGUACAGUCAUCGGAUUUGUCCAUUGGUGGUGUGUGGAGUGGGAGAACGGAGGAGCACUGUGAUAAGAUGGAUGAGCACCAUACUCCACUCUCCAAACAGCAACUUGUACAGCUAAUCAGAUCCCUCAUCUUAGUUGAACAGAGCCAAGAGCCUAGGAGCCAGGCCUCAGACCUGAAGUAUCUGCAAGAGGACUUGCAGCUAAAAAAGGCAAAUGUUUACAGGUCCAUCCCCUACUCACGGUUUGGCUCCAACAGGGAUGCUCACUGCUACAGAAAGGCGUAUCCUCACCUAGUGGCAUUCAAAGUUUCGUGUCAGGAGUGGGGCCAAGUUCUUCUGAGGAACAAAGAGUGGGAUGCUGUGUUGGAACACACACUGAUGGCAUGGCGAUACACCAGUGAGUUGCCGCAGUGGGAUACAGCCAACCAUAAUGCUCUCCGAGAACAGUGUUACAGCAUUCUGGCAGCUCACAGCCUCUCUGCUCUCCAGCACUACCACCCUGAACCCAACCGCGGACGUGAGCUGCUCAGAAGGUUGAGGAUGGCUAAGCUGCAGAGCCUGUCAAUUGUGCCCUGUAUUCAGGAGCUGCACAGGAUUAUGGGACAUGCCAAUGAGUUGUUCAUGAACACAAAAUAAUACAAGGAACGAGAUGUAACCGGUUGGCUACAUCCCAGUGAAAAGUGGGUUUUAGCCAUGCAAUGAUUUGCAUGGUAAGGGGCCAGAAAUGCUUGUAGUGUUUUUUGGAAAACCGCUCCAGUGUUCUUCUGAAGGGCAUAGUAAAACCUGGGAAUGCAGUAAGUGCCAGAUAAAGCAGGUUUCAGUAGGAGACAAAAGCAACCUUCUAAAUGGUUGAAAAUGCAAUAAAACUUUAUUUAAUCACACCACUUUUUUUUUUUUUUUUUCCAUCAACUGGAAAGUAUUACAAGUAGCGUAUCAUCUGUUGCAUGGCACACCCCCGUGUGGUUAGCUAAUGUAACUUUAGGUUAAUACUUUAUCUAACAGCCUUAUUACAAAAAACAAGUUUUCUUUUUAGAGGAGUAUUAACAUUAUGAGAUGUUGCAUUAGUUGGUUCUAGCAUCAAUGUAUUGUGUCUUUUUAGAGCUCUGUAUAGGUAAACUUGGUCUUGUUACUUUAUAUGGAUGUUGAAAUAUGUUUACGAUACUUGAAACUGUGGCCUUAUCCAUGUUUGGCUGUACUUGUUUUAUAUGUAUAGCUUGUUUCUCACUGAUUGCACUGUUGUGGUUUGUCCUGAAAACUUGAAAAUUUUUGAUAAAACAAACCCCUAAUUUAAAUAAAGUUCCUUUGUACUGCAAA